GAGUGAUGCUAUAUUUUCAGAGAAAGAUGGAUUUAGUUAUUUUCAAGUUAAUUUUAUUGUUCUGUGGUUUGAGUCUGGCCCAGGAUGAUUUUAAUGCUACUGAAGUACAGGCAAGCCCUGAACUCAAUUAUUUCCUGAGGGAGCUGGAAGCUUUGAGAGAAAAACUCUCAUCUGUGGAAAUCAGACUGACCAACAGUGAAACCAGGCUGAAGGAGAGUCAGAACCACGUUCUGGAACUGCAACAAGAAGGAAGAAUUAAGGUAAUGUUCAGUGCUGCAUUACAGGGAAACAACAACGUUGGACCUUUUAACACAGAAACCACACUAACCUACAGAAGUGUGAUCACAAACAUUGGAAAUGCGUACAAUCCAUCAACAGGUAUCUUCACAGCACCUGUCGCAGGAGUUUAUUACUUUAUCUUCUUUUCUCAUUUUGGAAAAAAACAAUCAGCAGUAACACUAUUCAAGAAUGGCCACAUGAUUACUAUUACCAAUGACCACCAGUCACAGUUUGACACAGCUGAUAAUGGAGGAAAUGCAGUUCUUCUGCAGCUGCAGCCAGGAGACCAUGUCUACAUGCGCUUACGUGUAAAUACACAUGUUUGGGCAGGGCCCCAAACCAGUUUCAGUGGCUUUUUGGUUUCUCGAAUGUAA